AUGGCUUUGGAUCUUUCCUGGCCUUAUCUAAUCGUUGGUUGUAUUUUUGCUUCUUUAGCAAGAGCAUCCAAUAUCUCAGAUGUAUAUCCCCCUCUGUGGAAAGAGAGUCCUGGUCAGUUCAGUGACUAUAAGAUGGAAAAUGGAAAGUAUAUCAUUAACUUCUGGCAUUAUCCUGAGAGAUUGGGGACGUACAAAAUCCUACUGAACAAGACAGCCAAAUAUUUUGCAAAGUUUUCACCAGAAAAUGAACAAAAUAUUUUAUGGGGAUUGCCUGUACAUCAUGGAUGGCAAUAUCAGACAGGCAGAUUAGCUGAUCCCACGGAAAGUACGGACUGUGGCCGUAAAUCUGGGGAUCAUCUGUGCAUCUCUGUGGACAGUUGGUGGGCUGAUCUUAAUUAUUAUCUCUCUGCAAUGCCCUUCCUUGCUGCGGUUGAUUCUGGUAUAAUGGGGAUACCAUCAGACAAAGUCACCUUUCUGCCACCGCCCAAGGAUCAGAUGAAUUUUUGUUACAAUGUUUCUAGCUGUCAUUCAUCCUUUCCAGAAGCAAUGAAAAAGUGGAAUGAAUUUUACCAGCACGUGAAGUCACAUUCUAGUACCUUUGAUGACCUGUUGGAGUACUUAUGGGCUGCACAUGUCUCAUCUUUGGAGAUUGCUCGUAAAAACUUUCACAAUAGAUUAAAAUACUAUUCUAAACAAGAAGCUGAUUUUGAAAGAAGCUGGGCUUUAUUUGUGGAUUAUUUAGCUCCACCACUCUUUCCUACAACCUUAAUUAGAACAUAUGAAUUCCAGAAGGAGCUGCCAAAACGCAUGCUUAUGAAUGAGGAUAGAGCCCCCUUCAUCCGUGACUUUAGUGGCUUUCAGAACACAGUCCUGUUUGCUCUAAGUGUUCUCCACAAAGUACAUAAGUACACAGGUACAUUAUCUUUUGUUUUAUGGAAAACUUUAAUGAAGUCAACAGUUGCAAGGAAACUGUUUCUAGAGAUUUUGGAAUUCAUUCUUCAUUCUUUCAAUUAA